GAGGACGGGCUAUCCCGGUGCCAUGAGCUGCUGGCACGGCAGGCUUGGGAGACGGAGACCCUUAGCCGCCAAGCGGCGGCAGAUCAGCAGGCGGCUCUGGGGAAGGAGUCUGCACGUCUUCGUGCUGGAGGGCCGGUGACAAACACCGACCUGGAGGAGUCCCUGAGGGCGGCAGACCGCGAGGCGAGCGAGCUGUCGCAGGAUGUGCAGCGCCGGGAGAAGGCCAUCGCCGAACUUGGGGCAGACCUGCAGAAGGUCCUCGAGUACAUGAUGAAAGUCAACAUCAAAGCCGCCGGCGGGAUGGGCGAUCACCUGACCGAGGAGGACUUCAUCCCAGAUGGUGUGCGUGCACACCUGAGCUUGGGCAGAUAUGGAGAGGAACAUCUCGACUGCCUUUGCAGGAAGUACAAGCUCCUCGCGAAUCGCGAGGCCGAGUCCGAGCUGCCGAGCCCCUCCGUGGUGGCGCAGCUGGAGGAGCUGCCAGAGGGUGAGGAGCCCUUCGAGCCGUUGGUGAUGGCAGAGUGUCAGGACAAAGCCGACCUGGACACUUCUGCCUUGUGGCUGGAGCCGGAAGGUCGAGUUCGAGAGGCCGGAGCUGCGCGGAGGGCCUCCGACCUGAUGAUGACGGAGGCACCCACGUCGAGCCUGGAGGAAGAAGGAAAGCUUCUUCAAGAAGCUUUGUCCUUUGAGCUCAACCGCUUCACUCAAGUGAUCGCUCAAGAUACCGGGUCCAUCGCACACAAGGGUCCAGCGUGGGACUUGCUGAUUGCGGUGACCCAGGGGAAUCUCGAGGUUGUGAAGUCGCUGCUGCCCGUGCAGGUGACGUCUCGAACCAAGCGACGUCCUGUCUGGCAACAGGCGAUCGAGAAGCUUGGAUGGACAGCGUUCCACCUGGCAGCGGUGAAUGGCGACUGCGCACUGAUUGAGGUCUUGAAGGAGGACAUGGUCGAGCGCUUCGGUCACCACAGCGCGAUUUCCCAGGCCACCUCGGGCACAAGGCUGCCGCCGCUGGGUGUGGCCUGCCUGGCCAGCCAUGCGGAGGCUGCGAGGUCACUUCUGCUGGGCAUGGCUGCGGUGGAUGUGUGGGACGUGCGUGGGAACGGCGCGCUGCACUGGGCGCAGAUGGGGGGCCUCGAAAAGGAGAUCACACCCCUUCUGCUGGCAGCCAGGGCAGAUCCGGAGGC